CAUUUCAAAGAGAUUAUCAGGAGGUAAUUUCUUAGAGCAAUAAAGAUAUGAUUAGAUAUUUAUCUCCUAAUGUCUACUAAGUUCAAGUUGUGCCGACGAAAUUAUCAUAUUAAUAUGUCCUCUUAUUAUGAAUCAUGAUUAUAUUUUAUUAUAAUAUUUACACAAAAUACAACUACUACUUUUACUACUAUGAACUGAACAUAGACAACCAACAAUUUAUAAUUUUCCACCUGUUGGCUGCGCGUGUUUAUUUCACGGUCAUAGAUAUAGAUGAUGAGAUUCUGGUUUGGUAGGUAAUUGGUUUGGGCUUUGGGUUAUUCCAAUGAUAAAUUAUUAAAUUACCAAUAGACCAGAAGCUCAAACACAGAUCUACAAUUCCAUCAAAUAUUAAUUAUUGAAUAGAGGGAAAAUGGCUUCACUAACAGGUAGAGCUCUCCACUAUGUUUUCAAGAUCCCAGAUCGUAAAGAAACCAUGCGUUUUUAUAGAGAUAUCUUGGGCAUGAAAGUUCUGAGACAUGAAGAGUUUACAGAUGGUUGUGAAGCUGCUUGCAAUGGACCUUAUGCCAACCGAUGGAGCAAAACUAUGGUUGGUUAUGGACCUGAAGACAACCACUUCGUAGUUGAACUGACCUACAACUAUGGAAUUCACGCUUAUGAAAAGGGCAAUGAUUUCAUAUCAAUUUCCAUCCAGAGCAGUGAAGCAUUGGAAAGAGCUAGAAAAGAAAACUGGCCCAUAUCGUCUGGAAACAUCCUAGAAGCCCCUGGUGGCUACAGUUUCAGUAUUGUUGAUAAACCACAACCUACAAAUAGGGGUAAAUCAUUUUAUGUUUGUUGGGAAAUGGAUUUGAAUUGGUUCAACAUAUGGUACAAUAUACCUAGUCCAUUUAUUACUUUUAAUUAUCUUUUAGAUCCAGUUCAACAGGUGACUCUUGCAAGUUCAAAUUUACAAAAAUCGAUUGAUUAUUGGCAGGGUAUCUUGGGUUUGAGAGUUUUCAAUAAAACUGAUGAAUCGGUGAUUGUUGGUUUUCAAGACAAUGAAGCUAAGUUGGAAUUGAAGGACAUUGGUGAAAGUGUAAAUCGGGCCAAAGCUUACGGGCGCAUAGCCUUCUCAAUUCCUCACGCCCAACAGGAAUCUUUGAGUCGAAAAAUCGAGGAAGCCAAACAAACUAUUCUUACACCUCUCAUCUCUCUUGACACCCCCGGUAAAGCUACUGUGCGAGUCAUCAUUCUGGCUGAUCCAGACGGCCAUGAAAUUUGCUUUGUGGAUGACGAGAAUUACAGGAAACUGUCGCAGCCCGAUUAUGACAGCGAGAGGGUGUUGGAGAUUCAGAUGAAUAAAGAUAAAUCAUAAGAAGACGGGAGAAUAAUUAUUGAAGUGUUAUGAAAAAUAAUUCAAUAUAUUUUUUUAAACUGCAUAUACAAUAUAAAGUUAUUGAUGUUUACAUCUUAUAGGUACUUUGCUUUUGUUGUAAGAAUUAUUGUAUAUUUCAAAUAAAUAUCAACAUUGAUUUCAUGUUUGGUCU